AGGAGCCGCCGCUGCCGCCGCCGCUGCCCCGGGCCGGCUCCGGGGAUGGUGUUGGCCGCGGCUGCCGGGCCCUGACGCCUCGCUCAGGUGGCAGCAGCAGUGAUGCUAACUCUGGCAAGCAAGCUGAAGCGGGAUGACGGCGUCAGAGGCCCCCGAGCGCCCAGCGCAGCGUCCGACUCCACUCGCAGGGUGUCUGUGCGGGACAAGCUGCUCGUUAAAGAGGUUGCAGACCUUGAAGCUAAUUUACCUUGUACAUGUAAAGUGAAUUUUCCUGACCCAAACAAGCUCCAUUACUUUCAGCUAACUGUAACCCCAGAUGAGGGCUAUUACCAAGGAGGAAAGUUUCAGUUUGAAACUGAAGUUCCUGAUGCCUACAAUAUGGUGCCUCCAAAGGUAAAAUGUUUGACAAGAAUCUGGCACCCAAACAUUACAGAGACAGGAGAAAUCUGCCUAAGUUUAUUGAGAGAACACUCAAUUGAUGGCACUGGCUGGGCCCCAACUAGAACCUUAAAGGAUAUUGUCUGGGGGUUAAACUCUUUAUUUACUGAUCUUUUGAAUUUUGACGAUCCUUUGAAUAUUGAGGCUGCAGAGCAUCAUUUGCGUGACAAGGAGGACUUUCGGAAUAAAGUGGAAGAUUACAUUAAGCGCUACGCCAGAUGAUGAAGGGAUGGAUGGAUGGCAGGACCACGGCUCCAGAGCUGUCCUUAACCUCAGCAGCAGCCAAAGCAGCCUGGCUUGUACCAGUCCUGUGUCCACGUUGUUCUGAAGAAGAAAACUAACUUCAUAACCUGUCCAUGUUCAAAGGAGAGUUCAGCAUAAAUACAGCAAGAAAUUGUGUCUGUUGGUUGAAAAAGUUGUCUGCUUCCUUUUACAAAUGUUUACUCUUCUGAACUGUACUGUAUAUCCUGUUGAUGAGGUAUGCUUGAGAAGUUAAAAGAAGUCACUAUUGAAAUUGUAAUUACACUUUUUUUUUUAAACUCUUGCCUAAUCUGGAGGGGGGGAAGGAAAAAAGCAAACCCAAACAGCCCAAGCAGAAAAGGUGGCGUAUUUUUGGAACACUUCGAGUUGGCAAUAAAUGGUCUCCUGUGAACCAAAUCACUAAACUGUUGCCUUUGAUGAGCAGAAAAAACAAAAUGAGCUUUUUCUCAGAAUCACUCAGCUGAGGCUUAGAGCUUGCCAGAGUGGAAGUGCAAAAUGAGAUUCUGCUUCUGGUAUUGAAGUUCUCAGUGCUGUUUAAUGUAAGUAUGUUUUUGUCACAGUUUGGAAUUUUUACUUUGUUAAUUUCAGGCCCUGUUUGGGCUACAAGUUUAUUGGUUUUUUGUUUCUACUCAUUGUGUGAAGUAGUUAAAAGAAAUACAGGCUAAUAUCUAACUUAAGUACAUGUUUAGUAUUAGUAAAAUUAUAUAUAUAAAUAUAUAAAAUAUAUAUAUUAUAUAUUUCUGUGAAAAAUUUAAUGGAAGGGAGAUUUUUU